CAUAGCGGUGACUACGCAGAAUCAGCUACGACCACGAACGUUAUCGUUCUAAAGGGACAUUCGCUGUUGUAUGCCUUUUAAUUUCAGCUCUGUCCGUGACACUUAGUGACAUAUUACACAUGACCCCCAGAGUGCCGGCUGUCGUAGCAUUUAACCAAGAUCAGUGCGUCAUAUUUUCUCUUUCCCCCCUUGUCCCCCGACGAAGAGGGUCAACCGGCCGAGGCUGGGGAUCUAACCAACUGCAAUCAUGGUGAACUUUACAGUAGACCAGAUCCGCGCGAUCAUGGACAAGAAGUCCAACAUCAGGAACAUGUCUGUGAUUGCUCAUGUGGACCACGGGAAAUCCACGCUUACCGACUCCUUGGUGUGCAAGGCUGGCAUCAUCGCUGGUGCCCGGGCUGGUGAGACACGUUUCACAGACACCAGGAAGGACGAGCAGGAGAGGUGUAUCACCAUCAAGUCGACAGCCAUUUCUCUAUACUAUGAGCUGGCUGCGAAUGACUUGGCCUUCAUCAAACAGUGCAAGGAUGGGUCUGGCUUCCUCAUUAACCUUAUAGACUCUCCGGGCCAUGUGGACUUCUCCUCCGAGGUGACCGCUGCUCUCCGCGUCACAGACGGCGCUCUAGUAGUGGUAGACUGUGUCUCAGGUGUGUGUGUUCAGACCGAGACAGUGCUGAGACAGGCCAUCGCUGAGCGGAUCAAGCCCGUUCUGAUGAUGAACAAGAUGGACCGGGCCCUUCUAGAGCUGCAACUGAAGCCUGAGGCGCUCUUCUCCACCUUCCAGCGCAUCGUGGAGAAUGUCAAUGUCAUCAUCGCCACCUAUGGGGAGGAUGAAGGAGGACCCAUGGGCAGCAUCAUGGUGGACCCAAUGGUGGGCACAGUGGGCUUUGGUUCGGGGCUACACGGCUGGGCCUUCACCCUGAAGCAGUUUGCUGAGAUGUAUGUGGCCAAAUUCACAGCCAAGGGAGAACAGAAGACGGAGAUGAACCCAGAGGAACGCUGCAAGAAAGUCGAGGACAUGAUGAAGAAACUUUGGGGGGAAAAGUUCUUCGACCCUUCAUGUGGAAAGUUCAGCAAAUCAGCCACCAAUGCCGCAGGUGAAAAGCUUCCACGCACGUUCUGCCAACUUGUCCUGGAUCCCAUCUUUAAGGUUUUUGACGCCAUCAUGAACUUCAACAAAGAGACCGCUGAAAAACUGAUUAAGAAACUGGAUGUUAAGCUGGAUGCUGAAGACAAAGAGAAAGAAGGGAAGCCUUUACUGAAGGCAGUGAUGCGCCGCUGGCUGCCAGCAGGGGACGCUCUCCUCCAAAUGAUCACCAUCCACUUGCCCUCCCCCGUCACUGCACAGAGGUACCGCUGUGAGCUGCUCUACGAGGGUCCCGGAGACGAUGAGGCCGCUAUGGGCAUUAAGAACUGUGACCCCAAAGCUCCCCUAAUGAUGUAUAUCUCCAAGAUGGUUCCCACCAGCGACAAAGGUCGCUUCUAUGCCUUUGGCCGGGUCUUCUCUGGCAUGGUGGCAACGGGGCAGAAGGUUCGGAUAAUGGGACCCAACUACACACCUGGCAAAAAGGAAGACCUGUACCUAAAGCCCAUUCAGAGAACUAUUCUGAUGAUGGGCCGAUACACAGAGCCCAUCGAGGACGUUCCUUGCGGCAACAUCGUGGGUCUGGUCGGGGUCGACCAGUUCCUGGUGAAGACUGGCACCAUCUCCACCUACGAGCACGCCCACAACCUGAGGGUGAUGAAGUUCAGCGUCAGCCCUGUGGUCAGGGUGGCCGUGGAGUGCAAGAACCCGGCCGACCUGCCCAAACUGGUGGAGGGCCUGAAACGCCUGGCCAAGUCAGACCCCAUGGUCCAGUGUAUCAUUGAGGAGUCGGGAGAACACAUUGUUGCCGGAGCAGGAGAGCUGCAUCUGGAGAUCUGCCUGAAGGAUCUGGAAGAGGAUCAUGCUGGGAUUCCCCUGAAAAAAUCUGACCCAGUAGUGUCUUAUCGCGAGACAGUUAGCGAUGAAUCAGACCAAAUCUGCCUGUCCAAAUCCCCUAACAAACACAAUCGCCUAUACAUGAAGGCCCGGCCCUUCCCGGACGGCCUGGCCGAGGACAUUGACAAGGGGGAGGUAAGCGCCAGACAAGAGCUGAAGAUCAGGGCUCGCUACCUGGCAGAGAAGUACGAGUGGGAGGUGACAGAGGCCCGGAAGAUCUGGUGCUUUGGCCCCGACGGGACCGGACCCAACAUCCUGACGGAUGUCACCAAGGGAGUCCAGUACCUCAAUGAGAUCAAGGACAGUGUGGUGGCAGGGUUCCAGUGGGCCUCCAAGGAAGGCGUCCUGUGUGAGGAGAACAUGAGGGGGGUACGCUUCGACGUCCACGAUGUGACACUGCACGCCGACGCAAUCCACCGAGGGGGCGGGCAGAUCAUCCCCACGGCACGCCGAGUCAUCUACGCUGCUCAGCUCACCGCCCAGCCACGCCUCAUGGAACCGGUGUACCAGGUCGAGAUCCAGUGCCCAGAGCAUGUUGUGGGAGGUAUCUACGGCGUGCUGAACAGGAAGAGAGGCAUGGUGUUCGAGGAGUCUCAGGUCGCUGGAACGCCAAUCUUCAUCGUGAAGGCUUUCCUUCCGGUCAAUGAAUCAUUCGGCUUCACAGCAGACCUGAGGUCCAACACAGGGGGUCAGGCCUUCCCUCAGUGUGUGUUCGACCACUGGCAGAUCCUGCCGGGUGACCCCUUCGAUGAGACCAGCCGGCCGUGGCAGGUCGUGGCGGACACCCGCAAACGCAAAGGCCUGAAAGAGGGCAUCCCUGGUCUGGACAACUUCCUGGACAAACUGUAAUCCGUCCAGGUGUGGUUGGGACUGCCGCUUUAAAGUGCAAUUUAACCAUAGUAGCACUUAAUGUGGAAAUAAACACAAAAACAGCCAAACCACAGGAAACAGUACAAUGCACUGUAUUUGAACUGAUAGUAUGACGGGAAACAUUUACUGAUACAGGUAUUAAAAAAGGAUAUAGAUUUAUUAAGUGUGUGAUAUCCUGCAGGAAAAUAAAAAAAAUUAGCACCUUG